AUGUCCAAUCCGAGUCCUUCGUUUUCUAUUCAGCCUGUGCGGAAUGCCAUCCAGCUGGCAGAUAUCAUCUCCCUCUUCUACGCAUAUGCCGCUUCCCUAGGUUUUGACCUGGCUUUCCAGGACUUUGAUGGUGAAAUGGCGAGCAUGCCAGGAAAGUACUGGCCGCCCGAGGGUGAAUUGUUGCUUGCCCGAGACGAGGCUGGGCUGGCCAUUGGGUGUGUCGGAUUGCGUUCCUUACCAGCCACGGAGGGGACCGCAAGAGUCUGCGAGAUGAAGCGGCUGUAUGUCUCGCCUGCAGGAAGAGGGAGUGGUGUUGGAAAAGCGCUGGCCUCGACAAUCAUCGCGACGGCGGAGAAACUGGGGUAUAGCGAGAUGAGGCUGGACACACUACCCAGUAUGGUUGCUGCUCUGAAUAUGUACCGAGCCCUCGGGUUCGAGGACAUUCCCGCGUACUAUGAGACGCCCUUGGAGGGAACACAUUUCCUCGCACUGAAGCUCCCCUUGCAGAAGGCCGGUCCCGUGUCGAUACCGCGGGAUGCGGGCUCGUACAUAACAUAA